ACCUCUUCUAAGCUCUUUCUCAGAGUUGGCAAUGACGGAUUCAAAAUCUCCGUCGGCAGCAAUGAAGCAUCAUUCACCGACGGAAGCAGAAGCCAAGGCAAUCUCUUCACUGCACACCACAAGGAGAACGAUGGUGUUUGCUUAUGGCGUCACAUUUGCUUUUGUUGCUUGUACGGCUUUCUUGGUGCUAAACCCAUCUUCCAAUUCCUCUCCUUGGAUAAAAAACUUCCUAGAGUCGUGUUCUUCCAGUUCCCGGUUUUCCUUUCUUUUCUCUUCUUUUGUUUCCAAUUCUUCCCAAACCAAUGGCAACUCACUUCCUUUCACUCAGCCACCGGCCGUCCCUUUCCGGGUUUUUUGGAAAAGUAGCGGAUUUUGUGACAAAAAUGGGUCUUUCUCCAGUGAUGGAGAAGGUGGAGCGUCGGAGGAUGGUCGGGUAUUCAAUCAAACGGGUACUUCACUCUUCAUCCGACUGUUUCUUUCUAUCAAGAAUCUAAUCGCACAUAAAAAAUGUUCUGUAAUUCAAUUUUCCAGAAGCCCAUUAAAGAAUGAGAGUUGGGAUGGUAAUAUAACAAGAGAUCCAGGUGGUUCUCAGUCUUUCUCAGAUAAUGCUGGUGAUUACCAAUUUGUCUUAGAGGGAGAAGAUGGAAAGGAAUCAAAGGAUGCAUUGGAUUUGGAAAUGAAUGUGACAGGGGAAGGGGUUUUAGAUAAGGGGCGAGAGACUAGUGAUGUGACACUGGAAUCAAAUGAAAUGGAUGGAUUUAGAAGAAGUGAUGACAUUUUUAGUAAGCAUAGAAAGGGAGAUCUGAUGGAUAUAGGCUUGACGAGUCAUUGUAACAUAUUUGAUGGGAAGUGGGUGUGGGAUGAUUCUUAUCCAACUUAUGCAGCAGGGUCUUGUCCUCAUGUUGAUGAGCCUUUCAGUUGUUAUCUUAAUGGCAGACCUGACAGGGCCUAUGAGAAGUAUAGAUGGCAACCCCACGAUUGCAAUAUACCUAGGCAACUUGCUCAAUUUGUCACUUAAUAUAUGUAUGUAAAUGAAUUAUGCUGAUAUUUUUAAUCACAAACUUUAUUGCUACUGAGGUAGUACAUUUUGUUUGGGGUUUAGGUUUCUGAUUUUGUUGACUAGUGUAGGAGUAAUUAUUUUGUUGCUAAUCAGUUUUGCAAGCGAAAAUGAAAUGCUUGCGAAAGUUAUGGCUCACUCACACCAAAGGAUUAGUGUUAAAAAUUUGUUUGCAAGCACAUUGUAUGCAGAAACUUUGAUGAUUGUUUACUGUAUCUCUGUAUUGAUUUUCUUUUUGGUCUAAAUUUCACAUUCAGUACAUUUUUUUUUUAAUGAAAUUAGAGUUCCUUG